AUGGCGCCCGAGUUGAAAGCAGUGACAGAUCCAGUGACGCUGGGUGAGGGUCCACACUGGGACCAUGAGGAGCAAGCCCUCUACUUCGUCAGCAUCUUCGACUUCACCGUGAACAAAUACGUGCCUGAGACUGGCAAACAUACCAAGGCUAAACUAGAGGGCCAACCGACCUUCAUAAUCCCGAUAGAAGGCAAGAAGCACCACUUCGCCAUCAGCCUCAACCGCAAGGUGGUGGAGAUCGAGUGGGACGGUCAGGAGAACAAUGCCAAGAUCAUCAGGACCAUCGCUGAAGUAGACCAGGACGUACCUAAGAACAGGUUCAAUGAUGCCAAGGCUGAUCCUAAGGGGAGACUCUUUGCUGGUACAAUGGGCCAUGAAUACGCGCCAGGCAAGUUCGACCUGAAGAAGGGUUCCCUCUACCGCAUCGACCCUGACGGUAGCACCCACAAGCUGGCCUCUAACAUCGACAUCUCCAACGGUUUGUGCUGGGACCUGGAAGAGAAGGCGUUCUACUUCGCUGACUCGUUUGAAUACACCAUCAGAAGAUACGAUUAUGAUGUGAACACUGGCAAUAUUUCGAACCCUCGGAACGUGUUUGCGUACAAGGACCACCAGCUGGAGGGCAUCGUCGACGGCAUGACCAUCGAUACUGACGGCAACCUCUGGGUCGCCAACUUUGAUGGCAAUCGGGUGCUGAAAAUAGACCCCAAAAAGGGCGAACUACUUGAAAAGAUCCCGAUCCCAGCGCUGCAGGUAACAUCAGCAACGUUUGGAGGUCCAGCGCUAGACGUCCUGUACGUCACUUCCGCCUGCAUGAACCGAGGACAGGAACAGUUGCCACCUGCAGGGUCUACCUUCAAACUCACCGGACUCAACGCUAAAGGACUCCCCAAUAACUACGUCAGAUUCGAUUAA